GUUUUGCAUAGCCUCGGGUGAUGCGGUGUAACUCAGCUUUUACAAUGGUGUGUGCCUUUCUAAACUAGGGCAACUGGAGGACAAGAGAUGUCAAGGAUGUAUUGCAACAACAAUGGGGGUGAUGAAGUUUGAGUACAUGCUGAUCUUAGCCACAUCAUUGCAAACUGAGCCGUGCUUUGUUGGAUACCAUGUAGGCUAAAUUGUUUUGGAUCAGUACUUUCACCACUGAGGAAAAGGUUCAUCAUUCACAGAUGCAGCUUCAUCAAACUUAACGUAUGACCAUGGAUCAUGAAGAGGUGCGGACAGAGCUGGACCAGAUAUCUGUGCGGCUUCAGGAGGAUGGGUUACCUCCAGGAGCCAGUAUGGAAGAGCGGCAGCGUCACCUGUGGCAGCAGCUGCUCACCAGGGAGGCAAAGCUUCAGUCAGCCACACAAGAGCUGCAGACCUUACGUACCCAACAGGCCAAUGAGAUGAAAGAGGUGGAGAGCUAUGUUGCUCAUAUUCGUGGGCUGCUGGAGGAGCGCGAGUGUCUGACUUCAGAGUAUGAGAAAGACAAUGAACACUUGCGACAAGAGCUUCAUCAGAUCAGACAACAACAAGAGAGUCAGAGCAAGGAACUGGCUGAGAUGUUGGCUCAGGAGGACCUUGGUGAGAUGGGCUUGACCAGCCCCAGUGAGCAGGUGGCGUACUUGCUGGUGGAGAGGGCCACACUUCUGGAAAGGCUGGAGGCAGCUGAGAGGAGACUGGAGAGUCAGAGCCUCACAGGCAACUUUAGGGAAGUCCACCACCAGGAGCAUAUCUGCCACACAAUGGGGGAGGAGCUACGGCAGCAGAGAGAGGAUAUGCAGAAAACCAUAGAUAACAUGGCGAAGCAGUGUUCAUCCCAGAGUCCAUGGAAGAAGCUGUUUGGGCUGCGAAGGUCUGGUCAGAGCAAACACAAUAUCACCCCUGCCCACAGUGAGCAGAUUUCCCAGGAGCGAAAUGAGCGCCAGCGACUGGAGCGGGACCUCGAAGAGGCGUCUAGGAGGCUGGCAAUGGCUCACCAGGAUAUCCGUAGACUCACCAAUGAGCUGGAUGCUGCCAAAAACAACAACCUAGACCCAUGUGGACCUGAGCUCCAGGGAACCGUCCAAGAAGUAGAGAACCUGAGGAAGGAAGUGAACAAACUGAAACACUGUGAUAUGGUGGAGCUGCAGCGAGCCAAAGAGCAAAAUGACAGACUAGAUGUUGAGAACCGAGCUCUGAGGGAGAGAGUCCGCACUGUAGAGUCUGAAAAGAAAAAUCUCCUGGACCAGUUGGCAAUAAAAGAUGCAGAAGAAGAUGUCAUAAUCAAAGACGAUCAAAAGGACAAGAGCUUUAGCAGUGAACCACAAAACAUUGUGUCUGCCUCAUCAGCCCAAGAAAAGGAUUCCAUUCACAAACGGUGUCAUGAGGCGAUGGAAGAUGGGCUUGUACAAAUGAGGGAGCUGCAACGGCAAAUCCAGAGGCUACGCAAGGAACAGGAAGAGCUGGAGGAGAGGAACGAGGAGCUGGAAGCGCUGCUGGGGGAGGCCCAAAAUGCCAGUAAAGGGGAGAGGCAUCGCCACGAGGGAGAACUGGAGGGACUGCACAGAAGGAUCAAAAGUCUGGAGGCUGAGCUGAAGAAGCAGGAUGUCCCAGAAAAAAUACUGAAGAACGGAGAAGAAGUUAAAACCACUGAGUCCUACUUACAGCUGCACCUAAGAGACAGCAGCCAGGAGAGACUGGCUCUGCUCGAGGCUCGUCUUACUGAGGAGAAGGACUGGAGGAAACAACUGGAAGUAGACCUCAAUGCUGCACAGGCUGCCCUAAAAAAAGACAAGGAGGCCCUGCAGAUUGCUGAGCGAGAGCUGAAGAAGCUGAGACUUGAGGUCAACAGCCUUCAGACUGAAUGCCAACAAGGGAAAACACUCAUCAAGAGCCUCACACAAGUCAAAGGGGAAAAAGCAAUCCUGGAGGAAAAGGUGGCCCAGAUGGGUCGCACCCACAGCCGGCUCCAGAGUGAGCUGGAACGCUAUAAGGACAGUAACCGCACCCAGGAGGACCAGAAGGAAAACAGGCUUCAGGUUGAGCGGCUGCAGGAGCAGGCUGAUCGGCUAACUGCUGAACUCAGCAGCCUCCAGACAGCACACAACGCUUUGAGGGAGGAGAUGGUUUCUGAGCGGCUGCAGACUGCUGAGCUCCAGGCCAAGCUGAGCUCCAGUGUCCAGGAGAAGCUGAAAGCUGAGGGGGAAAGAGAGAGACUACAGCUUGAGAUACAGCGCCUCAAAGAGCAGCUCAAGUGGCACCAAGAGCAGAUCUCAUCUACAAAGGAAGCACUUAUUAGCAGCCAGAAGCCUGAAUUUCAAACAGCUCACAAAGAAACGAGGCUUAGUCCAGUGGAGAAGACCAAGGAUGGGUGCUUUGAUCAGCAGGAGCUCAAUCAUCUGCAGGCCAAGCUGCUUGAAGAGCGACAGCUUGCCUCUCAGCACCAACUGGCCCUGCAGGCUCAGGUCAAUGAAGCCCAGGCACGCGUCAAGUCUCAGGACUCAGUACUGAACCAGAAGGCAGAGGAGGCUAAACAGAUGAAGCAGGACCUGCAAAGAGUCCAGGGCUUGUUCACCUCAGCAGAGAGAGAGCUGCGCUAUGAGAAGGAGAAAAACAUGGACCUGAAGAGACACAACACCCUGCUGGACCAGGAAAAACUCAAGCUUUGUGCAGAGCUGAAGCAGGUCCAGACCAAGCUGGUCCAGGUGGAGCAGAGCAUUCACUCUCAGGCGUCCGAGUGUGAACGUCAGCAACAGAAAAUAAGGGAACUGGAGCUGGAACUGGCACGCAACUCGACAAACCGCAGCACCGCCACCAGUCUGCAGGAGGACCUGCAGGCCGAGAGGGCGCGACUCAUUGCUGCUGACAAGAAGGUGUUGGAGCUGCAGCAGCAGUUAAAGAGUGCUCAGCACCAGCUGCGUAUGGAGGAAGCCCGGGCCGGCGAGAGCAGCCGCCUGGAGAGGGACAGCAGGGAUCUGUCUGACACCUUGUCAGCCUUGAGAGCCCAGCAGCAGGAGGAGCACAUCACCAGGAAGCUGUUAGAGCAGCGUGAGGAGGAGCUGCAGCAGCAGGUGCGCUCCCUCAGGCUAAAGGAGGCCUCCUUGGCCAGGACAAAUGCAGAGCUCAGCCACCGUGCACAGCAGCUGGACACCCGUCUGGCCGUCCUGGAGACUGAGCUUAGCAAGGCCAGAGAAGAGGCGAGAGACAGCCAGAAAUCAAACCACAGACUGCAGGAGGACUUGAUGGCCAGUCAGCAGGAGUGCGACAGACUUCAGGGGGAGCUGCAGCAAGUUCUCCUCCAACUGGACACACAUGUCAGGAAGUACAACGAGAAGCAGAAUCAGCACAAGACCAAGCUGCGUCAGGCCAAGCAGGUUUUUCUCAAGGAGACUGCACAGAGGGAUCGUACCAUCCAGAAACUGGAGAACGACCUCAUGCUGGCCUCCAGCCUCUCACACAAGGAGAAGGAGAGGAUCAAUACAGUCACGGAGGAAAACGAGAAGCUUUUGGAGGAGAAGAGGGAGCUGUUGCGGAAGAUAAGUGAAGCAGAGGAAAUGAGCAGCAACGGCAUGAGGACCGCCUCCACUGUCCAACAUAGGGUCAAAGUCUUAGAAGUGGAAAACAGACAACUCCAGGAUCGAACCCUGAAACUCUCCAAUCAAGUCAGUUCCCUAGAGCGUGCCCUGAGGAACGUCCAGUCGUUCUACAGCCUGGAGAAUGCCAAGAAAGUGCUUCCCUCUGAAAGUCUCUGCGAUGGCUUCCUGCAUACAUCUACACUAAGUCUGACGUCAGGUUCCUGUGACCCACUGAACAUCCUGGACGCAAUCUGCCGCGUGAAGGCGGACGGCACUCGAGCAUCUGUCUCCACACACCAACCGUCAGAGCAGGGCUACCUGAAUCUCACCUCACUGGCUCAUGCAGACACCAAAGGCACAGAGGGGAGCUCUGAUACCACUGACCAGGUAUGAGGUGGAGAAUUUUAGGAGGAUUACAGUUAUAAGCAUCUGCCACUUCCACUGGAGACAAUAACUAAAAAGCAAAUAAUCUUUGUUAAAAGCCAGUAAUAAUAAAAGGGAGCUUCCACUGCAGUUAA